AUUUUAUGCAUAGAUUGUCUCAAUCGUUUGUUUUUUUCAGUGCGAGUAUCCUACCGUACAGUGUAUGCUAGGCAGGUAUAUUAGGUUAAUCUAAGAUUAGGAUUAGGGAGAGAUAAUGAGGAGACCAUGUGUCACUAAUGAACACAUACACCUUUGAACAACCUCAACUAUAUUAAGGAAAUUAUCCAGUUUAUUUGAAUGCAUAAAGAGGCCGGUGAGCACUUCUUCCAAUCACAUGUCCCGGACUGGUUGGGGAUAAUAACCGCCAUAGCCCUCCAAAUCAGGUAUUUUGAUUGGUCGGAGUCAUCAUCCGAAGGCCUCUAUAUUUGAGUUGUCUGAUGUAAAUGCGCCCUGCCUUACAGUACUCUCCACUCCCAUGCACUGAACAAAAGCGGCACGGGCAUACUAGGCUACAGCAGGACUAUGCGAAAGAAGGCGUUUAUGAGAGCGAAUAUAGAUAGAUAGCCUACAAUAUUUUAAAAUGACUUAUUCAUAAAACGGUGUGAAUAGUUGUAUUAUCUACUAACUGAAUGUUGGAUCUGCCCUAUUUUGUGUAAACGUGCUUCCUGACUUUAGGGUAUAGGCUAUAGCGAUAGGCGACGUUGGCGCAGCAUCAUGGUAGCUGGCGAGUUGGUACAGGAGCAUCUGCGACGUGACAACGCACCUGACGAAAUAGACAUCUCAUGCAAGCGCUCGGUGCAUAACGGGGCAGUCCCAAUAGGGGACCAGUACACCGAUCUAACGAAUGGAUCGGCACAUCUGACAGAACUGGACUCAAAGGCUUUGGAACAAGAGAUCCCUCCAGAUGAGAAGCAGGCUAUGCUUCCUGGAGAGGAAACAUGUAUCGAAACGAAACUCUAUUGGAGAAGAUUCUCCGUUUUAGCUGUGUUCAGCUUUUACUCCCUCGUCAACGCAUUUCAAUGGAUCCAGUACAGCAUCAUCACCAACAUUUUUACCCACUUCUACAAUGUAUCCAGCGACAAGAUCGACUGGCUGUCAAUUGUAUACAUGGUCGCGUAUGUGCCUUUGAUCUUCCCGGCAACAUGGUUACUGGAUAAAAAAGGCCUGAAACUGACAGCCCUUAUGGGCGCGGGUUUGAACUGCGUCGGUGCGUGGGUGAAAUGCGCCAGCGUCCGGCCAGAUCUGUUCGGGGUGACAAUGACUGGACAGAUAAUAUGUUCUAUAGCCCAAGUAUUCAUCCUCGGGCUGCCCUCUAAGAUUGCAUCAGUGUGGUUUGGCCCGAAGGAGGUGUCUACUGCAUGUGCCACUGCCGUGCUGGGUAACCAGCUGGGCACUGCCAUUGGCUUCCUGCUUCCACCUGUCCUAGUCCCCAACACUGUGGAAGACAUAGAGCUGAUGGGACACAACAUCAGCGUUAUGUUCUAUUGGACAGCUGUAGUCUCCACUGCUCUCUUCAUCUUGACUGUAAUUGUCAUGAAAGACAGACCCUCACUACCUCCCAGCCAAGCUCAGGCGGUCCUACCUGACUGUGCUCCUGAAGACUACUCCUACAGACAGUCCAUAAUCAACCUGUUCAAGAACAAACCUUUCAUCCUACUGCUCAUCAGUUAUGGUAUCAUGACUGGUUCUUUCUACUCUGUGUCAACACUUCUCAAUCAGAUGAUUAUGGCUUGUUACAAGAACCAGGAACUGAAUGCAGGCAGGAUUGGUCUCACCCUUGUGGUGGCUGGAAUGGUGGGCUCCAUCAUCUGUGGACUGUGGCUGGAUCACACCAAAACCUACAAAAUGACCACUUUGAUGGUCUACAUCCUGUCCUUCAUUGGUAUGCUGGUGUUCACCUUCACUCUGGACCUCAACAAUAUCUACCUGGUGUUCUUCACUGCCGGCGUGCUGGGGUUCUUCAUGACUGGUUACCUGCCGCUUGGCUUUGAAUUUGGGGUUGAAAUUACGUAUCCUGAAUCGGAAGGGACAUCUUCUGGUCUUCUUAAUGCAUUUGCACAGAUCUUUGGGAUUAUUUUCACAUUGAUCCAGGGAAGACUAACAACAGACUACAACCCCCUGGCUGGGAACCUGUUCCUCUGUGUCUGGAUCUUCCUGGGCAUCUUUCUCACAGCCUUAAUAAAAUCAGAACUGAAAAGAAACAACGUCAAUAUGGGCACGAACCACAGAAAUCUUCAAGCAGUCCCUACCGAGUGCCCUUCAGACAAGCCAACCAAUGGCGUCAAGAUGGAAACUUCAGUCAGCUUUUCCCACGAGACCUCACUUUAAUCCAAAAAGGACAGGGGGGUCAGGUCACUCAACACUACUGAACAUUUCAGAGGCCUACAACACAUUCAACAACAUUUCCUGAGGUUACUUGAAAUCUCCUUUUCUUUGGAUUGUAAACUGUAAUGUGUUAUAAUGUUUGUACUGUAGUGGUUUUAGCCAAGCCAUGAUUUGUUUAUACAUAGGUAAACUAUAAGCACCUAAAUACACCUUUUAACUUCCAAUAGUCCUCUCCUUCUUUUGCUUGAUGAACCACUUCUGUCUCUACAAUUGUCAUCAUCGCUGGUUCAUAAAGUGCUGCUUAUUUAAACUUAUUUCUAGGCAUUAUACAAAACCAAAAGGGAAAUAUAAUGUAGGAUCUCUGACCUGCCUUAGCCUGUGAGGAAGAACAUUGUUGUCAUUAUGGUGAUGCUAUUAUUGUGACGCUGCAUUAUUUGCAUGACAAUGCAGUUUAACAGUGUCAGUUUUGUUCUCUAUAACAUGUCAGCCAUUCAUACAAAUAUGGACCAAAUAUGACGCACUAAGAUGCACAAUGCAUAUGACAAAUGUGCAACAUGCACAAUCUACUUUUCGGUGUAUUACUUACAUGCAUGCUUUUGAAAGUGUUCAAAUGUUGACAACUUUGUUGAAUACAUGGCACAGUUAACAGUUCUGCCGAGAUAGGUAGCUAAUGGUAUAGCAGCGCCACCCAGAGGGAUUUUGUGGAAAUACUAAGAAAGCUGUGUGGAUGAUGAAGCACAAACAGGAGUGAUAAUGACUGCAGCGUUACAAUUAAAAUAGCUCCAAACCUUCACAGUGGAUUAUAUAGCUCAAACUGUGGCUAUAAAGACUAUGCGCAGUAGGUGGUCUAGUGGUUAGAGUGUUGGGACGGUCACUCCCACCUUCAAAUCCCCGAAUUGACAAGGUGAAAAUAUGUUGUUCUGCUCCUGAGCAAGGAAGUUAAUCCUCGGGUGCCGAAAAUGUGGAUUUUGAUCAAGGCAGCCCCCGCACCUCUUUGAUUCAUAGGGGUUGGGUUAAAAGCAGAAGAUACAUUUCAAUUGAAUACAUUCAGUUGGACAACUGUCUAGGUAUUCCCCAGUACAUCUCUAAACCGCUAUAUUUAGGCUCCUGUUUUUCCUUUGUUUUAACGGGAAUAAGUAAUAUCAUUCCAUCAAUAAUCAGAAGAUCCAACCCAUAGGCGUUUCUGCUAUCUCAAAAACAAUUUACUGUUUUUAAAUGGUUGCUUCCUGCAGGAUAUGUCCAAAUUAGUGCUUAUAAUUAUUCAUAUUUGCGUAUCAAAACUAAUGUUAUUAUUUAGCUUCUUAUGACCGUAGAUUUUUUUAUUUAUUUGGUUGACAGAUGUAUUCCUCUCUUUUCUAGAUUUGUAUGUAGUUCUGAAUAAUGAUGAAAUAACAUUCGAAUAUGGACAUUCAUAACAUUUCCUUGCUUUUUUUUCUCGAAAUUUGAUAGUUCACUAUACCAAUUUAGUUAUUUGUUUCAUUUAUUUAUUCAUCUUUAUUUCAAUGUAUUGCAUUUACCAAGACCACUGAACUGAAUCAUUGUUCCCAACUGAAAAUGAGUACAUCCGGACCUUGAACUAUACUUACCUAUUGUUCAAUACAACAUAUGGCUUUGACACACCACUGUCUAAAGUCUCGACAGCCUGAUUUAUAAUUUCGCACAGUAAUCCACAGUAUAGUCAAUGCCAACACUGUUACAAUACAGCUGCUAUAGAAUGUGUCUGCUAGACAAUCCCUUCAAGGUGCCCCAGAUUGUACUGUAAAAAUGUGGUUUUAGUUUUGCCUCUGUAGUUUGUCUUUGGGCUUUUCUCGGUGGUAAGGAGUCGCAUGUGUACUUGCUUAUCUGCAGAUAAUGUACUGUGGCAAUCAAAACAUAAAACACAGAGUGUAAACAAUACAAUAAAAUGGUUUUUAGCUCAGC